ACCUGCUCGAGCUCUGUGGCUGGCUACCGCUUUGCUUUGCAGCUUGCUUGAUGGGUACACAUUUUUCUUCGGUGUGUUGUGUGUGUCGACAGCAGCAGCAGCGAGCGAGCGAACGAACGAACGAAGCUAGCACAUCAUCAGAAAGGCGCAGACACUGCAUACAGGAUAGAGCGAUAGAGGAGGCGAAUGAAACUCCUCGCAUACAACGACCACAACGGCGAAGAAGAAAAGCUGGCGAGCUCGCAGCUCCGGACAUACUAUUCUGUGGCAGCAGAAAAAAGACAUUUUUCGUUCGAAUUCGUCUGAUUUUUCUAAGUUUUUUGCGGCACCGAAGUAGUUGCAGUGUAGUUUCGGUAAUAUUUUGUGAUAGUUUUUAGUGUUGAACGUUUUUUCGCAAAGAAUUUCCGAUGCUGAAGUUCGUAGCAGCAGGAGGAGUCUGAACGAAAAAAUAAUAAGAAGUCGAUAUACAUACGAGGAAGAAGAAAAAGCGGCCAGAGUGAGUGUGUGGAUUUGGAAGAGAUUCGACGAGCCUCGAUUCAAGAACGGAGAAAAAAAUAUAUUUUUUCCUGGAGAAGAAAUGUCGGCGUACUCCCAAUGGGUCGGAACUGGAAUACACGUCUUUUGGGGGAGAUUUUGCCUGUGAUGGCGGCUGAUCGAUAGUUGUCGAAAGUUCGUGGGCGUGUAGUGGAUCAACUAUUAUCAGCAGUAUGCUUAGAAGGCAGACGAAGAAAAUGGUGACGAAGCUCUGAAAACUUUGAGUGUGGAUGGAAACCAUUAAAAACACCAAGGGAAGUGAAACACAAAAAGGCUGCGAAGCUAGCGGAGGAAAAGUUGACAGAUUGCGAGUGUAUUUGCGUUGGUGUUAGUGUGUCGGUGUGUGUAUGUGCGCGCGGCAGUGAUAUAGGGUUUAUUACUGGGGAGAAUCGAUUUUUCCCUCGGCGACUGCGACGUUGGAGUAGGCCUAAAUUGCAGCCAACUACAUUCUCCCUUCAAUGGGGAAAAUCCUCGACUGGAAGGAUUUACUGCGAAGGGGAAAGCAGCAGGAAGUGUGAGAACGGAAGCUAACCGGAGCUUGUUUGUAGGAACAGAAAUUCAUCAAACGGACACGUACGCAUACACAACCGCACAGAUGUGACCCCAUCCUUACUGUGAUAUCAUCAUGUAGAUUAAUGGGGACGAUAGCUCACGCAUUCGCAAUUUGACCCCUUUGCAUGGGCACAAAUUCGAUAUUUGCUAGUGCAUUCGACAACAGAAAUCGUGCAGACUUCAGCACAUUUCCAUAAUCCAUUAUGACACUUGCGAGAGUCCAAACGGUUCAACACGGCGGUGUAUAAGUCUGAGGAAUCAAGUAGCAGUCAAAAUAAUCAAUUGAUAAUGUCCUCUUCCAGUGAAAAUUAAAAGUCGCGUAAAGCGAUCCACCGAUGGCUAAUGAAUAAAACGACUAUCAAUAAGAAAAGCAACGAACAUCAUUCGAGUCGGACAUUCCACGGCGGAAAAAGAGGAAAAAAAAGCGAGCUACACUCACACCAAUAGAGGGCACACACGGUUGUAAUCUCGCGCUGGAGCAAAACAAAUUAAAGGUAUUAAACAAGUGAGAAAGAGAGGGAGCGCACGAACCGCAGACUGAAAUCCUACACACAUUCUUAGCCGUUUAGCCUGCCACAUAUCUUGUAGCCGCGCGAUCAUCUCAGGGCUUACGCCACCGACGGGCUCGGUUUAAAGCCCGGUUCCGGUUCGGUAGAAGGACCAUGUAUAUUAUCAAUCCUACCAGCGGCAAGGAAAUCCCCAACAGCUAUCCAACCAGUACUAGCACCGGAAGCAACUCCUCUAACAGUAGUAGUAACAGCAUUAUCAAUAAUGCUAGCUCACACCAGCAGGAGAUUAUUAGUAAAAUCCUGACAAAAUGUGCCACGAUGACCGAUGAAGUGGCCGCCAGUGGUACACCCGCAGCUACCACCGUCAAUGGUACCGCGACAAUACUGCUUUCCCCGUCGCAUCACCAUUCCCAUCACCAUCAGUCACAUCCUGUCGGAGUAUCACCCCAAUCGUCACCAGCUUCCACGUCGUCAAGUGCGUCGUCUCCGACGGCUGACGCACCGCAACAAUUGCACCCCAGUUUCGGUAAAACCGGUCACGAGAAAACGCCAGCUCCAGGAAAGUCCGGUGAGAGUGGGGCGACCGGCGGACAGAACGGUACGACGACCGCCAACUCAAUAGGAUUAUCUUUCGGCGGUGAUGGAACCGGCUCGAAACACGCUCAAGGCACCGGAAGUGGCGGAAAAGUCAACGGCAAUAAUACUGCCACCGUUAGUGCUACCAACGCUUCCGGUGGUAGGUUGCAAUUCUUCAAAGAUGGUAAAUUCAUCCUGGAACUGGCACGCGCCCGCGAGGGAGAAAAAACCAGCUGGAUCUCGGUUCCUCGCAAAACCUUUUGGCCACCGACGGUUAGCUCCACCAGUGCUAACUUCCACAAGCACGAAAGCUCGACUUCGCUCAGCUUUUCUGAUGAUAACAGUUCGAUCCAAUCAUCGCCGUGGCAGCGAGAUCAUUGCUGGAAACAACCAAACCCGCGGUCAAACAUCUCCAAGGAAAUGGCCCUAUACUAUCACCGCCCGAAUUGUGUCCGAUUUAAACUGGCGAGGGACGUGUUGAAACGCUUGCGGCUCAAACGGAGACGACCCUAUGAACAGCAGAGUUCGUCCGAGGGUGGCACUGGUGGUAUAGCACUGAACUAUGAGAUUAUUAGGGAUAGGCAAUUAUCGCCGCCGGACAAUACGGAGGAUGAUGCGAUGGAUCUGAAAGUGAACGGAAAAGUUGCGGAAAAUGCCACGAAUGAUGAAGAUCAAAAGGAUGAUCGGAGUGAAAUUUCUAAUGGACUUGGUGCUGCCAACGGAACAAGAAAUACUAGCGUCAGGCGGUUUAGAGGAAUGUUAAAACGAAGGAAAGAAUUAGAUUCAAUAGUUCAACAAUUAAAGGUUAGAGUUGCAACUAGUAUGGGUAACAUGACGCCACGAGUACCGACAGCAGCGGGCUUGCGGAGUGUAUUCAAUUCUUCCCACCAACAGCAUGUUUCACCGCGUAAAAGAAUACUCAGAGAGUUGGAGAAGGUUUCGCUAGAGGACAGUAGUACUACGAAAAGAUCUCGCCCAAAACCUGGUAGUAAUAGCACUGUGAUCACAGCGACGACCGCAACACCACUUGCUCCAGUCACCAGCAAUGGCACAAGUUCCAGUAGUAGCAAUAAUAGUAACAACAACAGUGGUAAUAAUAGUAAUAGCAACGGCAAGUUGACCAACGGACUGUCACCGAUGCCGGAACCACGCCACACAGCAACGAUCCCAACGACACCGGUAUCGCGACCAAUCAGUAGCUACAGUAUAACUUCGCUGCUCGGACACAACUCAUCCAACGAAAGUAGCAAUCGUCCCAAGCAAAUGGAAACAAAUCCUACAACUAGUCAUCAUCCGUACCAACAUCCGCAUUCUUCUCACUACCAGUAUCUUGGCAAAGACGUCAUAGCCGCUCCGAAAUCACCCUCCGAUACGCAUCUAAGUCAGAGGUACUACGGCAAGAAGAAAUCUCCUAGUUACGGUACCCAGAGUGCCGCAUCUCCGAGCUCCGCAACUGAAUUCGGUGUCGGCUACGGUAUUCGUUCUCCAGAUCUCAGUCCUAGCCCUGAACAUCAAACCCACAGUAGUUUCACGCGCUACAGGCAGCAUCCCUACAGUAUGCAUCCCACAGUUUCAUCGCCUAGUAGUAGCUAUUCCACUGUCUCAAGAUGCUCGCCAUCACCAAGCACAAACGAUUCCACCAGUUCGCCAUACAGUGGCAACGCGAAAUAUCGACCAGCCUAUCUAGCAUCCAGUGGAUCGCCACCUUCUUCGACUGCUACUGCAUCCGGGUCGGCCAAUUCUCCACAGCACUAUUCCAGGCAAUCCCCGUUGAACUUUGCGCGAUCGCCUCCCCCAACACAUCAGUCAAGUUAUUUAUCCAACAGUAAUAAUCGGACCACCGGUGCAAAAGAUUCUCCUUCAUCACCACGGGCCUCACCCAGUGUGGAAUCAGUCCGGGGGGGAACUACCACCUCCACCUCGUCUAGUUCCACCACACCCAGCAUCCGAACUGUUCCGAAGAAAACAGCUGCUUUGCGGCAACAGUUCGGUUCUCCAUCCUCUUCCCCAUCCACAAGUGAUCAAACAAAGCGAGAACGAUCGAAUUCGAACGCAUCUUCGACAUGCUCUGAAGUAAGCCGGAAUGCUCACUACAAAAAGGAACUGGACUAUGCUGAACGUUCGGCCAGUUCAUCAGAUGUGGUCGAUGGGCAUCCAGUUGCCGCCUCCACGGUGAUUCGUCCAAGCACGGUUAUUGCUUCGCCCACACCGCAUCACGCAGGGAUUGCCAAUCCAUUCUACAUGUACCCGCCACAGAUAGCUGCUUCGCUGAUAGCUGCCCAACAAUCAAGUGCUGUACCCUUCCUGCCGGCUUCACCGCUGACUUCGUACUACCAGCACAUGUAUAACCAGGCAGCGGUCGCUGCGGCUUAUCGAAAUCCACUGUGGAUGCACUAUCAGGGACUGUCACCGCAUGCAGCUGCCGCAGCCGCAGCAGCAGCUGCUGUGUCUCCACCAAGCAGUGCACCGCCACCUCUCGUACCAUCAUCAACUGCAACAGGUCAACCCAGCAGCAAUCGAGACGCACAACAACGAGAUUCCAGUCGAACACAUUCCGCUAAUGUUCAAUCAAACGCUAACAACAAUCAUAGUAGCAGCAGUUCUCCAUCACCGACAAUUUCCGCUAUGAAUUACAGUGCCUCUGUGCUGGCAUCUUCCCCUCAUCAUGUGUACUCCCACCAGCAGCAGUUCCACCAUGGUCAGCAUCCGAGACAUUCGUCUCCGUGGAGGGUGCCGGCGUCAUCAUCCUCGUCAUCGGCUCUAAUACACGAUCCUAUCGCCGUUACAGCGCUGUCAUCACCGACGGUAGUGUCGUCAUCGGCGGCUUCUUCGGGUGCGAUGGUUGUCGAAAUGAAGGAGGAUUCCGGGGCAGACGUUCCAUUGAAUCUGUCGAAACACUAAACCAGAAACCGAGCGUUGAUCGCUGAUGCAUAAGGAUGUUAGGAUGUUCAGUUCAGCAGAUAUCGCGAAAAGUUAAGGUAAUUUGGACCGUACCAGCAAGAUUUAUAAAAAAAAAAUGUUUGAAAACAAACAAUAGGAUAGGAUGAAUACCAACAUUGAUUAAGAGCUACGCCUAGCGUACAGUGUCGCACAUUUGUGUCUGUUUUGUAUCUUGUUAGGGUGAUUUGUGGAUGGUUCAUACAUAAGUCAACAAGAAAACAGAGGAUAUUUUUACGAGAUCCGAUAAUGUAUAUUUUAUCAGCGAAAAAAAAAAAAAACAAACAAAUAAUAAAUCUAGCCGUAUGCUUUUUAGUGUUGGUGUGAAUCCGCAUAACUAUACCUAAUGUUUUAAGAAUACAUAGUUUGUAUAUGAAGAGAAAGAGAAUGAUAAUAUAGCGUCGACAAAGCGGAGGGUCCAGACUACAAAACAGACUACAAACAAAAACCCAAGGUUAUAAACUAUUUUUCCGAAUAUUAACAAACAAAACAAGAGGAAAGCUAUUUUUGCUAAGAAUUGUAAGAAAUUAUUAAAAGAGGAAAUUAUAUACAUGUAACAUAUAUACACUCAUCUACAUAUACACGUACAGAAUUAUUACAUAUACAAAAGAAAAAGAAAACAAAUCACUUUUCAGACGUUUUGAGGAUAUAACCAUUUCUUAGGCAGUGUUUUCGGUUCGGUACAUUUUAGUACUGAAGCAGCUUGCAAACUAUGUAUAACUAAAGAUGCAGAAAACGCGAGUCAAUUAGAGGAUUCGUGGGCACGCAACUCGCAGACCAACCAUAUGGAGAGUGAGUAAUUCGGAUUACUCAGAAGAAAAAACGAAAGGUUGCGUUACGUUAUCUACUUCACGCUGGCAUAGACGCGAACACGGUUCCUCAGUUAGAGCGCACUGUAUCCUAAGCUCUAGUAUUGCUGACUUUUUUUCCUCCAAAACCACAAGCCUUUCAUUCUUUAUCCUCCCUCUUCUUCCACUCCACUUUGUGGAGUAUUCCGUCUAAGCUCGCCAGGAUUUAUAAGUCAGAAGAGAUACGUAAAUGAAUCUCAGUCUCUCACCAAUUAGAAGUUUGUGUUUAAGCUUUGUCGUAAUUGAACAUUUAAUGUGUAUAUUCUAUUAUAGACUGAAACUAUAACUUUUAGGAAGUUGCGUAACUUAAGUGAGAACGAAUAAGCUUUUGGAUGUGUGGAAGAUGUUUAUAGAAGGGUGAGAGUCGAAGAAAUGUUUGCUUCCAACAUUCAAAGACAUGGACAAACGAACAAAGAAAAAUUAUAUACUUGUGAAGAUGAAUCUAACAAAUCAAACUAUCGAAAAUUCCAAAACAAAACAAAAUCAGCCAAUCAAACACAACAAUGGUGCAAAUGCAGAGAUUCAAAACGUGCAGCAGAAAGAUAGCGAAAACAUAUUUUUAUACAUCGAAGAAAGUAAAGAGAUUUUUCGGCAGGCAAAGGUUUUUUUACAACCAGUUCGAUAAAAGAAAUUUUACUACAUCGUAGUCAAAAAACUAAAAAAAAUAAAAAACAAAGACGGAACUUGUCUAGAUACAAACCAACAAAUAAGAAAAAGAAAACAAAACGAAAAACGAGUGUGCCUUUUAAAACAUCAACAACAGCAACUAAAAAAAACUACACGAAUUGAUCGAAUACAACAGUUCUACAAUUAUAAGGGUAUAGAAGAUCUUGUAAGAGAAUCAAGCAAACUAAAAAGACAAAACGACGAAAGUCAGAUCGCACUAAACUGAACUCAGGGGUAUGCGGGAUUUCAGUAUGCGCCUAUUUAGAGCCUCUUUUCCCGAAAUUUUUGUCGACCGUACUUCAAAUUUAUAUUCAAUAUAAACUAAAAAGGGGAAAAGCUGGAAGUGUUUAGAUGAAAACAUUCCAUGCAAACAUAUCUACUAGGCAUCUUCCACCUUUUCCUAUCGUCUCGGGACCACUCGGAGGUAUCAGAUCGAUUUUCACAGUCACUUGGAUGGUUUGCUGUUCGUUACGGCCAUAAUCGUGCUGAUCAGUGCCACUGAGUACCUUUGAGAAUCGACAGGGCUAAAAAAUAUGGUUGUUUCGUUAUGUUCCUUACCACUUACCUUGCUAGUGUUGUUUACGUACAACGUGUUUAUUUCAGAUAAUUGUCGUUUCGGUUGUACCGUAUAUGACAUUAUCAAGGUAUUUUUUAUUUAACAUGAAGAUCCCCAAACCCAAUUCUCUUACUCGAAUAUGAAGUAUAAAAGUAAUAUACAUAAAAAAUCAUUAUUCUUCGCAUAACAGUAUCGAAAAUUUGAAUUCUCAUUUUCGUUCGAGUUUUUCGUAUAGCUCAAUCGAAUUUGCGAAUACCUUUUUUCGAUUCUAGUCGUUGUCGGAUACGGAUGUGAACAAGGAUAAGUUGAAAAAUAAUCUAAUGAAAAAACUGAACACUAAUGAAGUAACUCGACCAAAAUUUCUUUUUUUCUUAAUUUUUUAAAAAAAUUGGCGAAAAACUGUCAUUGUUCUUUGUCUUAUACAUCAUGAACAAAAAAAUGGCUCUUAAAAGGGUACUAGCAGAGGACUAAGUGGGUGUAACUUUUGGAAAAGACAUCAUCUUCUCAAAUUUUAUACCUGCAAUGUUUUCUAAUGCAAAUAGGCAUACGCAUUUUUACGCACACCGGUACAUUCCAAUUCAAACUGACUUGAAAACUCACGUACAUUUCACAAUACAAAAAAAAAUCAAAAAGCAUUUACACGCGGAACCAGAAACGCAAAACAAUCAGCACUCAAAUCGUAAAAUAAUGAAAACAUUGUUCCAUUCAAAGCUAUACCAAGAAGCUUUUGCAACUAUCAGUCAAACUAUUAGGUCUAGCUAACCGUUUCCUGACGAAAAAAAAAAUGCAACAAAACGAUGCUUGCAUAAUUGAUCGAUAACUCCACCGGCAAAAAUUGUAGUUAAAAGUUUGAGGACCGACACAAAAAAAAACAUAAGUGUAUUCCAUUUCUCUUUGAGAGCAAAAUUUGUAUAAAAUUGUUUGAAUAAUAUAUGAAGUGAUAAUUUAUUUAAUUUAUUUUCGCUAUCGAAUCAAAAAAGGUACCCAACUCACUGUAGUGAAAAAGGAAGAAGAAAACGAAAUAAAACUCAGUUCGAAUUUCGUACGUUGCACAUAACUUUACCGGUCGAUGAUCAACUCGUUGUACAUAUUGUUUAUUCAGUUUAUCUUUGGAAAGGCUUUUUUUUCACGCUCGUUUAACAUCAAACAAAGAAUUUGGGUAGCCACCGGAAACGGAAAUGCAGAAUGCUGCUUGAGCGAAAACCAAACUGAGUACUGUAAAAUAACGAACUAUUAUGUUAGUUUUAAGCAACCACAAAAUCAAGAUUUCACUGUAAAAAUAUGCUUAGUGUGAUGAACUGAGUUUAGGACAUUCGAGCACACACAAACACAUACAUAUGCACACACGAUGCGCGCGUGUGUUCUUACACAUAUGUUUGAAUUAUUUGAAGUCUGAUUUUCACACCGGUCGAAUUGUUCGAUGCGUGCGAACGAAACUACAAAAGGCAUGCAAUAUUUUCCGUAUACAACCUCAAUACACACACACAAUCUAAUCAUUAAUCCGUAAUUUUUCUCUCAUUCUGCUUUGUAUUAAACUGACACCAACCACCAUUUAUCAAUCAAUACAGUACCUAUUGUAUCAUUCAAUUGAAACCAGGACCCUAUUCUCUCGGCGACUGUGAGAAUCGAAAAGUUCGCCUCUCACUAGAUAAGAUGACUGUGAGAAUAAGGUCCCCAAUACGUUCUCAUACAAUCGCCUAUCACUACGAUCAGUUCUACUGGUACUAUAUUAUACAACAUUAGUCAGCUGCUUUAUACGAAUUAACACUAUUCGGAAACCGAUGCAUUUCAUUAUUUUGAACAAGCGAAUUACAUAUACACUCACAAAAAGACAAAAAAUUAAUAAAAGAAAAGAGACUAAACAAUACGGACACAAGCACACACCACGGAACACCGUUAAUGUACAUUCAUUUCGAUAAGCCUAAUCACGUUUAGUGUAGCCAACAACGUCAAGACAUAAACUGCAAACAGUAGGAUUUCAUUAGGUAUUGUUUCAGCUGUAAGUUAUUGUAUUAUGAGGUCUUUUUUUAUUUAGUUUCACAAUUGUAAAGAGAGUAUCGGAAAGGAGUUUUUUUUCUUCUAAUAUAAUUUUUCUUUUAUCGAAGCAGCAAUGAUUGCUGCGAAAGCUUAUUGCUGCUCAUCGUUUGGGUGACGUUUAUUUUCCUAGGAAAACGCUUAAUUUAUACAUUAAACAAAAAAUAACCGGCGCGGGCAAAUAAAGAAAUGAUUGUCAAAAAGUAAGGUUACGUAAUUGUGGAAAAAAAACAAAAACGUGAACAGAGAAAACUAUCUGCAAGAGUAGCUGUACAGUAUUUUUCAUAUAAAUAUAUUUUAUUACUCGUAUCAAUUACUAUUAUUAUAAAAAGUAUAAUAUAACAACACAAGAUAAAGUGGAAAUAAAACAGAAUAAAAUUGGUA